AUGUCAGACGCAGAUCCCCCAAUAAUCAAAACAACAGCCAAAGUGUCCAAGCCAGCUGUUCGCCCAACCCGCUUUACAAUUGACACUCUUCUGACUGUGCUCUCCAAAUAUCUGUUUAACCCAUUUCUCGCAUGGAUCCUGGUCCUGUGCUUACGUGCCCACGUAACGCCCCAAACAGACCUCGCCUGGAUCCUGACGGUUGCCUACGCAAGUGUGCUGACGGUCAUUUUUGUCGCACGAGCCAUCAAUGACCGCGUCGCAUACGGAUUGCCACGAACAGUCUCGGAGGAUGAGGUGGUGCUUGUGACGGGUGGGGCGAGCGGGCUCGGGCUGUUGAUUGCGCAAACUUAUGCAAUGCGUGGGACGAGUGUGGCGGUACUUGACAUCAAGAAGCUCGACGAGGAUGCCAGUCGAGCUUUCGGAGACGGGGUUCUUUAUAUUCCUUGUGAUGUCGCAGAUCGGGGGGCAUUGGAGAGGGCUAAGGAGAAGAUUACUGAGACGCUAGGACGGCCAACUAUCAUUAUCAACUGUGCUGCGGCGAGAAUCAACGGUGUUCCGCUACUCGAGCUGCCGGCUGGCGCGUUCGAAAAGACUAUCCGCACCAAUCUCAUCGCGGCAUUCCAUCUCUACCAAAUGUUCUUGCCUGGCAUCGUUGCUGCAGAGAAUGGAGGCACCCUUGUGACCGUCAGCUCCGUGCUUGGCCAGCUGACUGCGGCGGGGCUAUCGGACUAUGCAGCAAGCAAAGCUGGACUGAGUGCGCUGCAUCGAACGAUAGAGGCAGAGAUGCGAGGAUCGCCGAUAAAGACACUACUGAUAGAGAUCGGACAAAUGUCCACGCCGCUCUUUGAUUGGGUUAGGGCGCCAAACCAGUUCUUUGCACCAGUCCUUGAGCCAGUUCAAGUUGCCCGAGAGAUGGUUGCCGCGAUCGACAGUGGUCGAGGAGGAGUAAUCAGAUUGCCCGCAUAUGCAAUACUUGUGAAUUGGUAUGCUGUGGCACCCGCUGCAGUGCAACGGAUUGCGAGGUAUCUGAGCGGGAUAGAUGAUGCGGUUACUCAAAGUCAGGAAACAUCUUCAAAAGUAGACUGA